UGGAAUCUUGAGAACCAGUGUUCUGGAGCCAGAUGCAGGCUAGAAUAUAUCUAGCUUGUGAUCUUGGCCAAAUUAUUUUUCUCCCUCAUUCAUUCCACAAGCAUGACAGGACUCCUGGCUCAUCAACUGUGCUUAUCAGUUUGUGGGUGUGUGAUCCUAAUAACAGCUGUAUGUUUCAGGAAACUCCAGUGUUUAGUACUUAAUUCAAAGGGAAAUUCCCAAUAAACGUUAAUUAUUAGGGUUUGCCCCUUUUCACUCAAAAAAAAAAGCAGGUAAAUUCUUAAUAAAAGCAAGUUAUUCUUUUGAGGUUUGCUUCUAAAGGCAGCUUUUGAAUUUAAGGGUCUUAAUUCUUUCGCGAUCACAGACACGCCCAUUCCCGGAAGGGCAGGGCAUUUCCAGGGCUACACAAGCCCUCGCCUAAACCCCUUUACUGAGCUGCUUUUAGUCCCACACCUGCUACGACUGAGGUGGUGUGAGAGGCCUGUGAGUGAAUCCUUAGAUAGAAAAUCGCCGCAAUGGAAGACAGGCCAGGCUGACAAUGGCUCUGGGGAGCUUGUCAGCUCCGAAGAGACCCAUAGGACGCAGGUCUGGCGGGCUUAGGGCGAUGCGGCCCAGAUAACAAUGGUGGUAGUGAGGGUGGAGCCCAGCGGCCCGCAGAGGAAGUCAGAGCGAGGAUGUGAGUAGGUCUGGCCCAGGGGGGGAGGGGAAACUGGCGAAGACACAUGAUGCAACCCCACGCCCCCUCUUCAUUUCCGAUGCUCCAGCCUCUCCUUGCGGCCAGAACCCAAAGAAGUCCGUUCAGAUAAAGGGGGCGUUAGCGAGGGCGGAGGCGAGGUCGUGCGGGGCGAGAUCGUGCCGAGCGGGGUCACGUGCCCCCUAGGACCGCCCCUUAGGAAGCCACUGCCCGGCCCCCUGGAAGGGGCGGCAGCGGAAAUGACCUCACGACGUCCUUUGCUGCGUGCGGCUACGUGGCGGAGCCGGCGGAAGCAGUUCCUUCGCUGGACCCAGAGUGUUUGUGUUUUGGUUCGUGAGGAGCCGGGGCGGUCUGAGGGGAGGAGACGGAGGGAGGAGGAAGAGGACGACGACGAGGAGGAAGAAGUCCUCGGAACUCGAGCCCGGCGACUCUGGAGGAGGAGAGAGGAAGGCGGAGCAGAGAGGCGGAGACGCAGCCCGGCAGGGGCGGCACGGCGCUCGGAGUCCCGCGUCGGCCAGUGUGAGAAGCAGCGAGUAGGCGACGCCGCUGCAACUGCGGCGCGUCGGAUCUCCGGGCCGUGCGUGGCCUCACUGCCGGGAACCGCGCCCCAGAGCUCACUGCCUGCCCCAGCUCCAAAGUCAAAUUGUUGAAGGUAUUUUCUCCAGAAAGAAGAAAACAUUGAUACCUUGCAUCCUGGAAGUUCAUUUAGGAAUCUGAAAUCAGGGACUUCUUUAUAAUUUGGACAUGGCUAAUCGAGGAGCAACAAGACCCAACGGGCCAAAUACUGGAAAUAAAAUAUGCCAGUUCAAACUGGUUCUUCUAGGAGAGUCUGCUGUUGGCAAAUCAAGUCUGGUGCUUCGCUUUGUGAAAGGCCAAUUUCAUGAGUUUCAAGAGAGUACCAUUGGGGCUGCCUUUCUAACCCAAACUGUGUGUCUUGAUGACACAACAGUAAAAUUUGAAAUAUGGGAUACAGCUGGCCAAGAACGGUAUCAUAGCCUAGCACCAAUGUACUACCGAGGAGCACAAGCCGCCAUAGUUGUGUAUGAUAUUACAAAUGAGGAGUCCUUUUCGAGAGCAAAAAACUGGGUUAAAGAACUUCAAAGGCAAGCAAGUCCUAAUAUUGUGAUAGCUUUGUCAGGAAACAAGGCUGACUUAGCAAAUAAAAGAGCUGUUGACUUCCAGGAAGCACAGUCCUAUGCAGAUGACAACAGCUUAUUAUUUAUGGAGACAUCAGCUAAGACAUCAAUGAAUGUAAAUGAAAUAUUUAUGGCAAUAGCUAAAAAGCUGCCAAAGAACGAACCACAAAAUCCAGGCGCAAACUCAGCCAGAGGACGAGGAGUAGACCUUACUGAGCCUGCACAGCCAGCCAGAAGCCAGUGUUGUAGUAACUGAACUCCAGUGUCAACUUCCUAAAUGGCAAAAACCAUGGAAUUGGGAGCAUUUAGCCGGCCCAGUGUGACUUCCAAAAAGAGACUAUGGUAGAAUCAAGUUUCUAAUACUGAAUUAUUUUGAGUGUUUUGAACUUAAUUUUUAAUAACAUGCAUGUGUUCCUCCAGCAGUAGAAAGGAAAAUGAGAACUGUGUAUACACUUGUUCCAUGGGAAAGUGCAGGGGAACAGUUCAUCUCCAGUGGGUAUGGACCCACUCUUAACCCACCCAGUCUCUAAACUGGGAUGAUAGUCAGGUAUGGAAGAUUCAAAAUUACUAAUGUAUGCUUUAGAAAAACAUUUUUAGAAGACUAAAAAUAUUUAUGCUUAGCAACAAAAGCCAAGCAAAUGGUAAUUUUCUUUGAUUGUCUUAAAAAGCCUACAUUUCACAUAUUAAUAAAGUAAUCCCAAGAAAACAGUCCUAUAUCUCCAGAAAGAAGGAAUAUUGGUGGCAUCUUAAUUUUAUUCAGUCAUGUUACUUCUUAAAAUUUAAUUGAAGAAAAAAAAGUCACAUGUAACCCCAUCCUGUUUUAGGAAUAUAAAAACUGAUAAGUGCAUUUUAAUGGAUAGUGGUCCUUUCAUAGGAGCUUCUUUUUAAGACAAAGUGGAAACAAACCAGGUAUCUGCUUUCUAUUUAAUCACUGUUGGCUAUUACAUAGAGGUCUGUCUAGAACAGGGAGGGGGCUCUGCUUCCCUUUGGACAUGAUUAGUCAGUGCACUAACCAUUAUGUACAUUCAAACUUGAUUAUUUUAAAUAUUCAGCUGUACUGUAAAUAGAGUACUGCAUUGUAGUCUCCAUAUGUUUAUUAUUUCCUGUAAUAUUUAAGAAUUGCCUAAACAUACAAAAUGUACAGUUACUAAAACAGCUAAUUAUUUCUUUCUCCCCCUAUGAAAGGAAGGGGCUUUGCUGUUCUUACAUGCUAGAACCAUAAUAAACACCGUACUUGCAAUUUGUAACAUAAGUAUUACAAUGUUAUUAGUAAUCUUGAAGCCUUUUUUUUUGAAGUCCAUUUUAUUUUAAUCAGUAUAUUGCACUAAUUAUUUUAGGUAUUUUCAUUAUAUGAAAUCUACCAUGUGUCAGAUGAUUUAAUCUAUUUAAGUGUUGAUCUGCUAGCAGAAUGUGUACAUUUUACAGUAACUCAAAAUUAGUAAGGAGAACAGCUCACCAGUGUUUAGUUUUAUAUUGAGGUGCUCAGGUUGGAAUAAAGUGGUGUAAAAAGCAA